UAGUCUUGUAUCUUUGAUUAAUCUGAAUUGUUGCACGUGAGUUCAAUUUGUUGUUUAUGUUUGGGUUGCUGACAUCAUGGGUGUAGAAUCCGUUGAAAAAGUGUUAAAAGUGGAAGAUGUACUAUCGUCCAGUGAACUAGGUGGUAAAAGAAAUAACGGUGCAUCAGAAGACUCCAGCUCCGAGAACGAGGUUGAUGUUCCUAAAGUUGUCAGAGGACGCCCAAAGUCUGGCAGAGUGUGGAAAACGCAAAAGAAAAGAGCUUCAUCUAUUGUGAAAACCAGAGGUCUGCAAUUGUCUCUUGAAAAGAGACGUGCAUUACAAGAGUCUAUCAAACAAACAAGAGAAUUGUCAAAAGCACGCAAAGAACAGUUUUUGGAGGAAAAGAAAGCAAAGAAACUGAGGCGGAAGCUUAAUCUUGAAAGACAGGAGGCAAACAGAAGGAAAUCUGAAGUAGUCCAAGUGAUCAAGAACACAGCCAAAAUAAAGAAGAUGAAGAAGAAGCUUCUUAGGAAGAUAGAAAAACGAGACACAACAGAGUUAAUGAAACAUUAAUACUCCCCAUAACUUUUAUAUGCUGUAGUGCAUAUGAAGAUGAUGCUGAUAAACGAUGAUGAUGAAAAUGAUGAUGAUGAUGAUGACGACGACGAUGGCGACGACAUGUCUGCAGUGCUCCAAGUAUUGGGGUGUUGGCCUGGCUAUGAGGAGUCAGCAAAUACUUUUAAGUUGUAAAUCCUGUUGUUAUAUUCAAUAAAAUGAUAUUCUUAUUUAAAGUUUCAUUUUUAAAAUAAAAUUUCACAUCAGUA